UUCCUCCCAACCGCUGGGGGGCGCCCGAGGCUGCGGCGGCGGCGGCUUCCCGACAGGCCGUGCGCGAAGGCGGAAGCGGAAGCGUUCCUCGUAGGAGAUGGCGGCGGCGGCGGUGUCGGAGCUGGGCAGCCUUGGCGCUCCCGAUCCCGAUGGCGGGGGCUCCUCGGGCUCGGAGGACGAGGCGCGGCCUAGCGCGGCGGCGGUGGCUGCAGCGGCGGCACAGAAGCGGGAGGAGCGGCUGCGCAAGUUCCGCGAGCUCCACUUGAAGCGGAACGAGGCUCGCAAGCUGAACCACCAUGAAGUGGUGGAGGAAGAUAAAAGACUUAAAUUGCCACCAAACUGGGAGGCCAAAAAAGCUCGGCUGGAGUGGGAGCUGAAGGUGGAGGAAAAGAAGAGGGAAUGCGCAGCAAGAGGAGAGGACUAUGAGCGAGUUAAACUGCUGGAGAUCAGCGCUGAGGAUGCAGAGAGGUGGGAAAGGAAAAAGAAGAGGAAAAAUCCAGAUCUGGGAUUUUCAGAUUACGCGGCUGCUCAGCUGCGCCAGUACCAGAGGCUGACCCGGCAGAUCAAACCUGACCUGGAGGAGUACGAGAAGCUGAAGGAGCAGUAUGGGGAAGCGCUUUAUCCCACCUCUGACAGUCUUCUCCAUGGAACUCAUGUGCCCACUAAGGAAGGGGUCGAUAGAAUGGUCGCAGAUCUUGAAAAGCAGAUUGAGAAGCGUGAGAAGUACAGCAGGCGCCGGCCCUACAAUGAUGAUGCUGACAUAGACUACAUUAACGAGAGAAAUGCCAAGUUCAACAAGAAGGCAGAGAGGUUCUAUGGGAAGUACACAGCUGAGAUCAAACAGAACCUGGAGAGAGGAACAGCUGUCUGAGUCCUCAGCAAAGCACCUGCCCCUGCUCAAGUUUGGCUUAGUAAGAGAUUUUGUGGGUGAUUUUAAAUUUUAUAAAAAAAAGUACAUUGUAGACUGUAGUAAUUUUAAAGAUCAAUGAUGUAUUUAAUGUGGUAAGUCAUCUGCAGACCUUCAGCUGUACAUAGCUUUUAGUUGCAGAAGGAACAAGCUUGUGCAAUCACGUAACACAAUAAACUGGUAAGAAUUAAAU